AUGAAGCACCUCAUCGCGCUAUGGGGAAUGGUCGACUACGGAGAGGCAACGAAGGCGUCGGCUAAAUCACUGGUGGUCAAUCAGACGUGGCUAAAGAAGCUGGUGAUGCUUUGCCAGGUUUGUGGCACUGCUGCCCAGAAAGAUCAUUUGUCUGCAGAGAUCCCUUGGGAUCUUUAUGUGGCCAUUCUGGUGUUGGGAAUUGCAGUUAUUGGGAUCUGGGAAGGUAUGAAGCAUUGCGGCCGUAAACAACAAGCACGACUUCGAGCGCUACGGAUAAAGGCGGACAGGGCGGACAAGGGAGACAAGAAGCUGACCAAGAUCGAGCUCAAGGAGCUUCAAAGGUUAUUGGCGGUUCCCUACGAACAGUUCAUCUCCAAUGCCUACUUUACCAUCGACAAUGAUCGAGGAGCAGGUGUCAUCUUCCUCUACCGGAAG